UACAUUGGUGCCGCAUCCUACCCGCUUGCUUUGUUUCUCUGUUCUCUGCAAAACCCUAGACCCCCUCAAACCUCCUCCUCGGUGUUUCUUCUACUCCUCCAUGGCUAGAAAGCGAAAGCUCGACUCCUCCAAAUCCUCCGAGCCUGCCGAGCCUCCCAAAAAGCUCCAACAGCAAGCUCAAGCUGAACUCGACGAGAACAAGCCCCAAGAUGAACCCGUUAAGGACGUCGUUCAUGAGGAUCUAGCGGAAUACGAAGUGGUCGAGGAAGAAGAUGAUGGCGAUCAAGAUGAAAACGAGGAGGAUGAUGAUGACGAGGAGGAGGAGGAGGAGGAGGAAGAUGAAGGCGAUGAGACUACUGUCGAUAACCACCAUCAGACCCCUAUUGUUUCAACCUCCUCAGCUGCUGCUACAACUACUGCUACUGCUGCUGCUGCUGACGACGACGAUGAGCCCAUUCAAAAGCUCUUGGAGCCUUUCAGCAAGGACCAGCUUAUAAAUCUGCUGCGUGAAGCGGCUGAGAAGCACGCGGAUGUGGAUGGAAGAAUUCGAAUGGUUGCUGAUGCGGACCCAUCCCACCGCAAGAUUUUUGUUCACGGGCUCGGAUGGGAUACCAAUACGGAAACUUUGAACAACGUGUUUAAGCAAUAUGGGGAGAUUGAGGACUCCAAAGCUGUGUGUGAUAAGGUCUCUGGGAAGUCCAAGGGUUACGGUUUCAUCCUCUUCAAGAAGCGUAGUGGGGCUCGAAAAGCACUGAAGGAACCCCAGAAGAAGAUUGGCAAUAGGAUGACUGCCUGUCAGUUGGCUUCGGUUGGGCCUGUUCCAUCGUCGAGUGCGGCGGUAGUAACCCCUCAAGCACCACCUGCUUCGGAAUAUACUCAGAGGAAGAUUUAUGUGAGCAAUGUUGGAGCUGAUGUAGACCCCCAGAAGUUGCUAACUUUCUUUUCCCAGUUCGGUGAAGUUGAUGAAGGACCAUUGGGGCUUGACAAGGUGACAGGCAAGCCUAAAGGUUUCUGUCUAUUUGUGUACAAGACGAUAGAAAGUGCUAAGAGGGCUUUGGAGGAGCCCCACAAGAACUUUGAGGGUCAUAUGUUGCAUUGCCAGAGGGCCAUCGACGGUCCCAAGCCAGGGAAGUCUCAGCACCAGCAUCAUGUACAAAAUGCUCCGUUUCAGAGGAAUAAGAAUCCGAAUUAUGCAGGUGGGGCGGCAUCUGGAUCAGGGCACCUGAUGGCACCUGCAGGGCCUGGUGUUGGUUACAACCAAGGACCUCCUCAAGCAUUGAACCCAGCUCUUGGCCAGGCCCUGACUGCUUUGCUGGCGAGUCAGGGUGCUGGGUUAGGACUAACUAAUUUGUUAGGGACGCUCGGAUCUGCUGCAGGGCUGAAUCCAGCUGUGCAAGGCGGCGGACCUGGAGUACAAAGUGGGUAUGGUAGUCAAGCAAAUAUAAGUCCUGGUGUAAUUGGAUAUGGAAGUCAAAGCGGUGUGCAGGGUGGAUAUCCAAACCAACAGAUGGGACAGGGUGGAACCGUAAGGGGAGGGCAGCAUGGAGUUGGACAGUAUGGUGGUCCUGGCGGUUAUAUGGGGCACUAGUGCCUCGAUUCGAUCUCACUCAUAUGUGCGUCAGUAUUUUUGUACUGAUCAGGUGAUUCUCUGAAGUUUAAGGAGCUGAUGCAAAUGACGUUUUCGACCCUGUUCAUUUAAGCUCCAUUUUAAAUCUGUAGUUUUUGAUCUAUUCAAGAUUUGUUUUAAAUAUUUGGAUCAGUUUUAGUACUUUCAAGUAAAAUUGUGUAAACUCUAGCUCAAUGGUUGACAAAAAAUAUUUCAAACUCUUUUGUUCCAAUAGUUUUAAUAGAUCUUGCCCAAGACAGUUAAGUUAUGGUUAAUUCUCUUUCAUUGAUUUUGGUAACUAUUAUUCCAACUAAAAUUCUAUACUUUGCAAGAGUUUAAUACCCGAUUACUAUUUAGAUUUCUUAUCUUAUUGCUCGAAAUUGGUUAUCUUGGUUCAUAGCUAAUUUUUUUAUGCUUUGGGGAGCUGUAAAACAUGGGUUGUUUUAGUCUGUGUUUUUCUUUACGAUAUUGAAAUCCAGAUCUGAGAUCUGCAUCUCCAAAUUGUUUUCAUGUUUAGUUCAUCUUUAUUCCCUUCACAUAUGUUACUUCCUUUUUGGAAGCAAGGAGCUAUUGUUAUUGUACUGAAGAGGUUUCUGAUUUUAAAUGUUUGUUAGACUGUUCUUUGAUCCACAAAUGUCAAUUUUCAUUUAGCUUUUUAUAUUUUCCUUACUACUGAGCUAGCUGAGGUCUGGAGCUGAUAUUGUUCAUGCUAUGGAGUGUGCAUAUGGUAGUUAACGUUAAUCAGGUUGCUCGGUUGGAAUUAAGAACUACUAUUUUGCAGGUUGUCUCCACUGUAAGGUAAAUUCUUGUAUUUUGCUUAGUUAAGCCUGGAAUUCAUUUUGCAGUGCUAAGGGCCGAGGAAUUGGAACAAUUUGACCUGAAAAAACAUUUAUUGUGUACUUAUUAUACUUUGUAUAGGAUGCUUGUGAGGGAUUAUAUGUUAACUUCAUUGUAAGUUUUUCUUUCUACUGAAUUUGAGAAUUGGCUUUUGGUGGUCACCCUGACAUAGAUUGUUUAUCUAAUGAGUUUGUUGAGUUCAAUAUUUUCUUUAUAACCUAUAACCUAUGAUUAUCUUGGAAUAGAAUGUAAUUGUAGGUAGUUCAGUAUCUUGUCGGCUUGCAGUUUGUAAAAGCUACUCGUGAAAUAAGGUCGUUUUUGUGAAGGAAUAAUGGUUUGCAUGACUAAUUUGUUUCCAUUUCCCUUUUGUAUUGAUCUGGUUAUAUUGACCCUUUCAGAACUCACAAUUUUCAUGUUACAUCAUCUAGGAUCUUGUUUCCAUUUCCCUUUUGUAUUAUUCUACAACCUUUUAUAUUGAUCUGUUAUAUUGACCCCUUUUGCAUUUCUGAUUCAAUCACUGUUUUAGAAUUGAGGAUUGCUUUGAGUUGUAGAUAUUUCAAGAGCAUGGUUAUAUUGCAUAUCAGCUUAAACCUCAUUCGAGUCACUUUUGACGUUCAAAUGCAUUCGUCGUUGCUAACAUAUUUCUGGUGUCUUGGAUCUGACUGUUUCAGCAUUUGCUGGUGAAUAGAUAUUCCUUUUUUGAAGUUCACGUCUCAUGGGUGUAGGAAUAGAACAAGUCAAGAACUGACAUUCACCUGAAUUGGCUUAUUAUACAGUGGAGACGUGUUGUUGUACUAGAACUGGGUAGAGUGUCAUGAUGUAAGUAGUGGAGGUUUCUCCAGCUUCAGAUUCUUAGUUCUUUUCCUUCAUAAUAUUUAGAUUGAUCCUAACCCUUAAAUUGAGAGUUACUUUGUGAAUGAUGGCUUAGAAGGUUUUGGAAUGAACCUAUUUUUGGUA